AUGAAGUUCUCUGCUACUGCCAUCAUUGCCGCUGCUGCUUCCAUCGUCGCUGCUGCUCCAGCUCCAACCACUACUGAGGUUCCAACUGCUGUCGAGAGCGCCUUCGGUGUUCCAACUGAAGCCAUCAUCGGUCAAUUUUCCUUCGACUCUGAUGAGUACCCAUUGCUUACCACUUACGGUGACCGUCGCUACGUCAUCUUGCUCAACUCCACCAUCAUGGAGGAGGCCUACGCUUCUCUCUCUGACGACAAGACCAAGAGAGACGCUGAAGCUGGCUGGGGCUGGUUAAGAUUUAUGCCAGGCGAGCCAUUCGUCAAGCGUGAUGCUGAGGCUGAAGCCGGCUGGGGCUGGUUGAGAUUCAUGCCUGGCGAACCUUUCGUGAAGAGAGACGCCGAAGCCGACGCCGAGGCCGGUUGGGGUUGGUUGAGAUUUAUGCCAGGUGAGCCAUUUGUCAAGAGAGAUGCCGACGCUGAAGCCGGUUGGGGCUGGUUGAGAUUCAUGCCAGGUGAGCCAUUUGUUAAGAGAGACGCUGAGGCUGAUGCUGAGGCUGGCUGGGGCUGGUUGAGAUUCAUGCCAGGUGAGCCAUUCGUCAAGAGAGAGGUUGCUGCUGACCUUGAGGGUUAA